AUGGCCGCCCGAUCGCGGCAUCUAAGGGCGGCGGUAAUUAAGGCGGCGGCGAGCCGGCGGCUAUGUCAGGGUGCUUGGUUGUUACCGUGGUUUUGGUGUGGGUAUAGUCCGAGGGAGCCGUUGCUGUAUGCCGGGCGCUGGCCGCUUCCGCCUGGCCCGGGAGUGCGGCUGAUUUGCCGUGUCUGA